AAACACGGAAGCGUCUUCCCCAAGUUCGACUUAAAUUCCGCUUCCCGGAGCCCUCUGCCGCGGAGUGCGGUUGCGUCAAACUCCUCCGUCGAGUCCUUCGCUCCGGCGAGUCCUCCGGCCUUCUUCCCCGAUCCUCGCCCGCUGUUCAGAAUAUAAUUAUGUGAAGCUAGUGGAAGUGUAGCUGCAACAAGUAUCAUCCUUGAAUGCAAGUUGACAUGGGCUCAGAAAGACCUCGUAUUCUCUUGGCCGCAAGUGGAAGUGUCGCUGCAAUAAAGUUUGGAGCUUUGUGUCACAGUUUUUCUGAAUGGGCAGAAGUCAAAGCAGUAGUGACCAAGUCUUCCUUGCACUUCAUUGAUAAAGCAUCGGUUCCAAGUGGUAUAAGUCUUUACACGGAUGAAGAUGAAUGGACUAGUUGGAAGAAAAUUGGAGAUAAUGUACUUCAUAUUGAACUCCGCAAGUGGGCCGAUGCUAUGGUUGUUGCUCCAUUAUCAGCAAAUAGUCUUGCAAAGAUGGCAGGAGGUUUGUGUGACAACUUGUUGACAUGCAUUAUCCGAGCCUGGGACUUUAGCAAGCCACUCUUUGUUGCUCCUGCUAUGAACACCUUCAUGUGGAAUAGCCCUUUCACUCAGAAGCAUCUAGAUUUGGUAGGUGAAUUAGGUGUUUCCGUCAUUCCUCCUAUCACAAAGAAGCUGGCUUGUGGAGACUAUGGCAAUGGUGCGAUGGCUGAACCUCACUUGAUUGAUUCAACUGUAAGAAUGUACAUUGCAAAUUCGCAUGACCAGUCAACCAACACAAAUUGCUGAAAAUGUAUUGUUUAUGUAUCUGCUUGACGACGAAGUAGUUAUUUUUUGUUACAUCGGUUUAUUUGGUAGACAUAAUUUGCCUUGUAUUUCAAAAACAUUAUUCUGUCUGUAUGUACCAUUAAUUUUUUUAAAAGGCUAAAAUUUGAGCA